GUUCCUGUGUUGUUGACUAUUUGUACAAUUUAUUAUGUUUUUUCGCAUUCGUAGUUUAUAAACCAUCGUAACUAUAAAUAUUAUUAUUGCUUAUUAUUUAUUCAUAAAUUUAUCAAUUUAAUUAUAAAUGUUUAAAUUAUACUGCAAAUUAUAUUUUUACUUAAAUAAUAUAUAUAAAUGCCGCCCUUAAAACUAUGAAAAUUAAGGCUAACUGUUUACCAGCUGUACCACCAAAGCUGGCACUGUCUAUAAUUUUCAUAUCGUCUCUUUGCUGCAUAAAUUCUUGGAAUGGAUCAUUCGUCUUCGAUGAUUCCCCGGCAAUUUUAAAUAAUCCUGAUGUCUCUUUAUCAGCGUUGUCACCCUCAUCAUCAUCAUCAUCAUCAACAAAAACACUAAUUAAAAUUCUCAAAAAUUUAGUGAAAAAUGAUUUCUGGGGCAAUAAACUCACUCAUAAACAGAGCCAUCGAUCUUACAGACCGUUUACUGUUUUGACGUUUAUAUUUCAACGAUGGUUACGCGGUUCUCUUAAUCCAAUAGAUUUUCAUAUUUUUAAUUUGAUACUUCAUACGUCUGCGUGUAUGUUAUUUUAUCAUUUACUUAGAAAAUUAUUAGACAAAAGUGCGAGGCAUCUGGCAUUUUAUAUUGCUACGUUGUUUGCUGUACAUCCUAUUCACUGUGAAGCUGUCGCAGGUAUUGUUGGUAGAGCGGAUAUUUUAUGUGCAAUAUUUGUAUGGCUAUCAGUAUUAUUUUACAGUCGUUGUAUUUAUGAAAAAAAUUUAAUUAUUCUUAUUAAAAAUUUGUUGAUGUGUAUAUUAUGUAUUACAUAUGCGAUGCUUUGCAAAGAAAUUGGUAUUACUGCUAUUGGUAUUUGUUACGCUUAUGACUUGAUAAUAGUUAAUAAAAAAAAUAUAUACGAUAUUAUAUUAAUUUUAAAGAAGGAGUCUAUUAAAAAUAUUAUUGAAAAAAAUAAAUAUAAAUGUUUAGUACGCAUAGUAUUGUUUAUAACAUGUGGGCUUUUAUUGGCAAUAAGAUUUAACUUGAUGGGUUACUCUGCUCCGAGUUUUCAACCAGUUGAUAAUCCAUCUUCAUUUAUAAAUAACAUUUUUAUGCGUUAUAUUAAUUAUCAAUAUAUUUGGUCGUUGAAUUUGUGGCUAUUGAUAUGUCCACAGUGGUUGUCGUUUGAUUGGUCAAUGGGAUGUGUGCCUAUUAUUAAUUCGUUUGAAUUGAGAUUAUUACCUGUUAUUUUAUUGUGGAUCAUUUUUGGAGUGUUUUUUAUUAAAUAUUUUUUAACUAAAAAAAUUUACAGAGAUACUAGAUAUGUAUCACUUGGAUUAUGUAUGUUGAUAAUACCAUUUUUACCAGCUAGUAAUUUAUUUUUUACUGUUGGAUUUGUAUUAGCUGAAAGAACCCUUUAUCUUCCAUCAGCAGGCUACUGUUUUAUUGUUGUUAUGGGUUUACAAAAAUUAUCACGUAGAUUUUAUAGAUCACGGAUGCCUUUAAUUAUGUAUACGGUGCUAGUAAUAACGUGGUUCACACGUUCGUGGGUGCGUAGCGAUCAAUGGAAAAAUGAACAUUCAUUAUUCCGUUCAGGACUGAGUGUAUGUCCACUUAAUGCUAAGGUGCAUUACAAUGUUGCCAAAAAUGCAGCAGAUUCUGGUAAUAUGACUUUGGCCGAAGCUGAAUAUCUUGAAGCUUUACGAUUGAAUCCUCAAUAUGCACAAGCGAUGAAUAAUCUUGGAAAUUUACUAAACAAUCAAAAGCGAUAUCAAGAAGCUAAAGAUUUAUUGAAAAAAGCUGUUGGAUUGCAACCGGAUUUUGCAGCCGCCUGGAUGAAUUUAGGGAUCGUGUUGGCUGCACUCAAGCAAUUUGAAGAAUCUAAGCGUUGUUAUGAAACAUCUUUAUCGCACAGACGUCAUUGUCCCGACUGUCACUACAAUUUAGGCCUUCUGUAUUUGGAGCAAAAGAAUUACACGAGAGCAUUAGAAGCAUGGACGGAAACUCUUAGACAAGACACAAAGCAUCGGAGAGCGUGGAUAAAUACUAUCAGAAUCCUGGAUGACAUGGGUAAGCAAGAGAAAGCAUUGAGAGAAGGUGAAAAAGCCACGAAAUUACUUCCCGAUGAUGCGACAAUUCGUUUAAAUAUCGCUAAUAUCCUGGGGAAGUUGGAGCGUUUUGAAAAAGCUGAAGCAGAAUUUAAACGGGCUGCUGCUUUAGAGCCAACAAAUCCUACAAUAUUUACAAAUCUUGGUGUGCUGUACCAUCGCUGGAAUAAACUGGAUAAAGCUAAAGAAAUGUAUACCAAAGCAUUAGAAAUAAAUCCAAAUGCUCAAAGUGCUAAAAAUAAUAUGAAAAAAUUAGAAAAUUUGAUACGAAAAAAAAAUUUAAAAGGUUUAUAAAAUAAAGAACAAUAAUAAUGUGCAAUUUAAUUUAAAAAUACUUAAUUAUUA